CUGAAAACAUGGCGGAGGGGAGGAACAGUAAAAACUGCUUUGGUUGAAGAAAACACCCAAUAGUGGCAGUCUCCAGAAGCCUAAACCAAGAAAUAAGAUUGCAACAACUGAAUAAAAUGUCUUAAAUUUCAUGCCUCAAGGAAAAAUAAAACAGUCCUGACCUCUACUAAAAAGUAAACCUGAAGACGCCACUCGCACCAUAGAAGAAAAAGGGAAAAAAGAAAAGCCAGAAAUGAACGGGGACAUCGUUUGUAAUGGUCAGUCUACGCAUCACACUUAUUUGAGCUCCAGCAAUCCCCGCCCUCGCUUCCUUGAUGGGAACUCUGUUUCGCUCAUCCACGAAGGGAAGUUUCUAGGAAGGCGCACUACCCAUAAUGAAACGCAGAAGUAUGAGGAAGCGAGACUGAACGUAGUGAAUGCGGAAGCGAGCAUCCCCAGCGGGGCCGAGAAGGACAGGCUGUGUCCCCCCUCCAUGACUGAGGCUCAGGCCAGACCGCUGCACUGCACAGCCACCUACGUACACUCCACGGGGGAGCCCACCGCAGGCAACAACAUUGCCCCUGCACCCAACAACAGGAGAGGAACCUGCCGCAAGGUUAAAGUGAAGAAAUCCACCAUGAGGACGGCGGAAAGCAAAAAUUCCCAAAACAGAAAGGUCACAGACUAUUAUCCUAUAAGGAGAAGCUCCAGGAAAAGCAAAGCUGAACUGCAGUGUGAAGAAAAGAGACACAUUGAUGAGUUGAUCACAAAUGGGAUCGAAGAAGGAAUGAUGGUUCGAAACACUGACGGGAAGGGAAGAGGAGUUUUUGCCACCCAACAUUUCAAUAAAGGACAGUUUGUGGUGGAGUAUCACGGCGAUCUGCUGAAGAUCACGGACGCCAAGAAGAGAGAAGCCAUGUAUGCGCAAGACCCCUCCACCGGCUGCUACAUGUACUAUUUCCAGUAUCUCAGCAAAACGUACUGUGUGGAUGCCACUAUAGAAACCGGCCGAAUGGGAAGGCUGAUAAACCACAGUAAAAAUGGCAACUGUCAAACCAAACUCCAUGAUAUUAACGGAAUACCUCAUCUUAUACUGGUGGCCUCCAGAGACAUUGACGAGGGGGAGGAGCUGCUGUACGAUUAUGGUGACCGCAGUAAAGCUUCCAUUGCAGCCCACCCCUGGCUCAAACAUUGAUGUACUGUUUUUUUUCUUCUUCUUCUUCUUCUUAGUAGGUGUAUUCAAAGAAGGGAAAAUGCUACUUGUUAAACUUUCUUG